AUGGAAUGGUUUGUUGCUCACAGAGGAUCCCAAAACAUGGAGUUAUACAACUGCAGUCAAAUGACUCCAGAAGAAUGGACAUUGAAAGAUGGUGUUAAGCAUCCUGGAUGGGGUGCUAUAUCACUUGUUUAUGGGAUUAUCAUUGAAUUACUAUACAUUCCAUGUCUGAUCGUUAUACGAUCGAAAGAGUUCUUCUCACAUUCCUGCUUCAAAAUUAUGUUUUUCCUUGGUGUAAUUGAUAUGAUGGCUAUUUGUGUCAAUUCUAUCAUCUCAGGUGUUCUUCUGAUUGAAGGAGCAGUCUUCUGUUCACAUCCAGAAUUCAUCUAUGUAUCUGGAGCCUUCGGAUUAGGCUUAUGGUGCAUGGCAUGUAUGAUUUGUCUUGUACUUGUAAUCAAUCGUCUGAUGGAUAUAUUAAAGAAAGAGCUUGUUGACGCUGUGUUUGAUGGACAACGUACAAACAUCAUUCUACUCUUGGCAUUUCUGUAUGGCCUUUACUUUACGCUCUUCACGCCCCCACUUCUUUUUGCUUCCAAUUAUGGAGCUUGGUUCUUCGAUGCCUUCAUCUUCCCCAACAGAACGUUAGAGUAUCAAAACUAUCUUCACUCAGCCAAUAAUGUUUUCAUUGUUGGGUUUACAUGUUUUCUUUAUGCAGCAUUCUGUUUUGCUCUGGGACGACGUUUCCACGAAGCGUUGACUGACUCGAAUAGUCAUAGACGUAUUCACAACCAGAUUUUCCUUCAAUCAACCGUCAUAUGUAUGGUUAACUUGUUUGCAUCCGUCAUUUAUGUGGUUAUGCAAUUUGUUCCUGUUCAUCCCUUUUAUAUCAUUGUCGGACAUGUUAGCUGGCAAGCUGGGCAUGGAUGUCCUGCCAUCAUUUACUUGGCAAUGAAUCGAACAAUCCGUAACGGAGUUUUACGUUUGCUACGUCUGAAGCGAUUUGGAGCCAGAAUAAACACAAACCCUACAGCUUCAUGUGGCCGAAUGCAGACCGCUCCUCAGUCUGAUUCUUCGCGACAUUGA